AUGGAGUGUGCUGCAACACUGGCCUCAGAGGCAAGAGACGACUACGAUGUCGAAACUUCCGCCAACACGCAAUCUAGCCUAGAAGAAACCGUAAGGAACCUCGAGCGAUGCCUGAACGAGCAAACGUGCUCGGAAGGUACUGGGUUAUUAGGCGAGUCAACUGUUCUGGCUGAGCUUCGAGACGCACUUCCCGCGAGACUCGCCAAGGCCGAUGACUCUGAACUUGAACUUUUCUUUGAGAUCAUUAUCAGGGUGCUACCAAAAAUAACGAAUGGUUUCUGGGACGGCGUGAUCGCCGCUUUGCUCACGGCCGGUGUCUGCCGUUCCACGACGAAUAAAAUUGCGUUUCGGGGGUUCGUCACGAGUCUGGUACUGCAAGACGUUCAGUACCUAGAACCGGUGGUUUCUUUCCUUGUUCAGAGUUUUCCAACCUUGUCGGAAGAUGGCUGCGGUACUGUGCAUGACGUCCUUAGCAACCUGAUAUCGCUGAUACCCCGAACGGAAGAGUGUUACCUAUUUUAUCUCGAAAAGUACUUUCCGCAUGCCUCCCGUCCAGAGAAGCAGUUCAUCAUGUACGUAAGAAUGCUGCUUUGCUCAUUAAGCUACGCAAAGACGCGUGUUUCUGCGAUGCUUUCCCUUCUCUUUCGAAGGCUGGUGAUUUUAGAACUCGAAUAUUUGGCUGCGCUUGAUUUCCCCACAGGACUGGUGACGAGCCCAGAGUCUUUUGUUGAAAAGCAUUUGAGCGACGACGGCAAUCAUGAUCUCUCCGUGUUUGAGCUUGGAGAUUCGGAAAGGACCGAAGCUAGUAUUGAGCAAGAUAGCUCCACACUAGUGGAUCCUGCGAUCGCGGAGCUAUCUGCCGAGUCUUUGAGCAAAAAACUCGACACAUGCUUAGACGAAGUUUUCUUGUUUUGCAGUCAGAUAACUAGAAAACAGAUUGAUACGUUUCUAGAUGCUCUAUAUGUAGCAUUUGAAGCACACGUGAUGCCAGUUGCGACGAGUCGCCGUGUUCCAUUCAUACUCUUUGUGUUUUUGAGUCACUCUGGGUCGGCAGCGUUAGAGCUUAUUCUGCGACAUCUUCUUACGUUUUUCUUCGACACUGGGCGCCCGUUAAGCUCACGAUCAUUGGCAGUUCUUAAUGCAGGUGCACUCGUUGCUUCUAACGCUGCUGCAAAUCUAUUGAUGGCUCUUCAGUGGAUGAAAACAGUUAGCUCCUGGCUGCAUAACCAGUUGGAUAGGGCAUACACGAGUCACUGUCCAGAACUGCAUAGUUUCGGCGAGGUCUCGGAGGAGCCUGUGUACGCGGGCAUGACUGGCGUGCUUUACGUAUUGGGAGCAUACGCGUCUCAUCUCUCUUUUUCUGACUUUUACAGAGAGCAAGUUCGUCGCAUGAGACUCGGGCGCCUGAUACACAUGAUGCCAAAUCUGAUGGAAAGGAUUCCGUUGGAGUUGCUGCAAGCGAUUACAACACUCCCAGAAUUCGCUUUUGUCUUCGAACUUUUUGUUGAUGAGGUCAGAAGAGUGCCGCGAUUCUCUCUGGAUGACCUGAUGCCCUUUCGAGUUUACGGUCUACCCAGAUCUGAGCAGCACGUACGCGACGCGCUGCGUCCCUUCAAGUCGGCAAACGUGAUUUCUAGCGAGGAAGAGAUCGGCAGCCAACUCGAUGAUCAGGAAAUCGCACUUGCACUUCGCUGA